AUGGUCGACAUGGGGGGCCUGGACAACCUGAUCGCCAACACGGCCUACCUGCAGGCUCGGAAGACCUCGGAGGGAGACAGCAGGGAGCUGCAGCGGCGGCGCCGCGGCCUGAUGCUGCCCGGGCCGCAGAGCUGCGCCGAGAUCCGCCGGGCCCUGCCGCGGGACUUCCACGGCCUGUGCGAGCAGCAGCCCAUCGGCCGCCGCCUCUUCCGGGACUUCCUGGCCACCGUGCCCCCGUACCAGGAGGCCGUGGCCUUCCUGGAGGAGGCGCAGGGCUGGGAGCUGGCUGAGGAGGGCCCCGACAAGGACAGCACGCUGCGGGGGCUGGUGGCCGCUUGCGCGGCUGCCCCGGCCCCAGAGCACCCGCACCCCUUCCUCAGCCCAGCUCUGGCCACCAGGUGCCAAGCAGCCACCAGCGAUGAAGAGCGAGCGGGCCUAGUAGCGCUGGCCAAGGCCGAGGCCAUGGCCUUCUUGCAGGACCAGCCCUUCCGCGAUUUCCUGGCCAGCCCCUUCUAUGACAAGUUUCUGCAGUGGAAAGUCUUUGAGAUGCGACCAGUGUCAGACAGUUACUUCACUGAGUUCCGGGUGCUGGGGAAAGGCGGUUUUGGGGAGGUAUGUGCUGUCCAGGUGAGAAACACUGGUAAGAUGUACGCCUGUAAGAAACUGGACAAGAAGCGGCUGAAGAAGAAAAAUGGCGAGAAAAUGGCUCUCUCGGAAAAGGAAAUCUUGGAGAGGAUCAGCAGCCCCUUCAUCGUCUCUCUGGCCUAUGCCUUUGAGAGCAAGUCCCAUCUCUGCCUGGUCAUGAGCCUGAUGAACGGGGGAGACCUCAAGUUCCACAUCUACAGCGUGGGCACGCGGGGCCUGCCCAUGAGCAGGGUGGUCUUCUACUCGGCCCAGAUGACCUGCGGAGUGCUGCACCUCCACUCCCUCGGCAUCGUCUACCGGGACAUGAAGCCUGAGAACGUGCUUCUGGACGACCUCGGCAACUGCAGGCUGUCUGACCUGGGGCUGGCCGUGCAGAUCCAGGAUGGCAAGCCCAUCACCCAGAGGGCUGGAACCAAUGGCUAUAUGGCUCCUGAAAUCCUGAUGGAAAAAGUGAGCUAUUCCUAUCCUGUGGACUGGUUUGCAAUGGGAUGCAGUAUUUAUGAAAUGGUUGCUGGACGAACACCAUUCAAAGAUUUCAAGGAAAAAGUCAGUAAAGAGGAUUUAAAGCAAAGAACUCUGAAAGAGGAGGUCACAUUCCAACAUGAUAACUUCACAGAGGAAGUAAAAGAUAUUUGCAGACUCUUCUUGGCUAAAAAACCAGAGCAACGCUUAGGAAGCAGAGAAAAGUCUGAUGAUCCUAGGAAACACCCUUUCUUCAAAACCAUCAACUUUCCUCGUCUGGAAGCUGGCCUAGUUGAACCUCCAUUUGUGCCAGACCCUUCAGUGGUUUAUGCCAAAGACAUCGAUGAAAUUGACGAUUUCUCUGAGGUUCGGGGGGUCGAAUUUGAUGACAAAGAUAAGACAUUCUUCCAAAGAUUUGCAACAGGUGCGGUCCCCAUAGCAUGGCAGGAAGAGAUUAUAGAAACGGGACUGUUUGAAGAACUGAACGACCCCAACAGGCCCGCAUGUUGUGAGGAGGGCAAUUCAUCCAAGUCUGGAGUGUGUUUGUUAUUAUAA